CUUUUCAUUACUUUUUACUUUUACUGAGUACAAGCUUCACAUCGACAAGAACAUCAGUAGUCAUAAAGGUAAACUCUCUGGGAGUCAGAUGCUUUUGCUUCCCCUGUAGGUUUGUAAAUGUUGAGUACUAGGCUUUCUGGGUUCAUCCAUUGCAGUCUGUGUAACCCUCUUACAUCAUGAUUAAAACCAAAGACUAUUGAAUAUAUAGUCUGGAUUGAAGCAAUUCCAUAUUAAUGCCAAUAAAUGCAAUAAUAAAUACAGCCAGUACUAGGGUGAACAUGUACAUUUAGAUACACAUUAGAAUAAAUCUCAGAAGAUAAAUCAGCGUUAUUUAUUGGGAAAAGGGUAAAUCUCACAAAAUGGUUCAGAAUUCUAAGUGUUCCUGUAGCUCAAUUGGUAGAGCAAUGUUGGGGGUUCGAUUCCCCCGGAACAUAUGAUAGUUAAAAAUUGAACGCCUGAAUGCACUAAGUCACUUUGGAUAAAAGCAUCUGCUAAAUGCAUAAAUGUACAUUUUAAAUUUAAUUUAAAUGUAGAAUUGCCUAGCCCUAGAUUAUAUUUGACCCCUAAAUCAUAAGGAAUGAAAACUAAUUUGGGUAUUCUUACAUUAGAUUAAUGACAUUCAAGCAUAAUUCACGUUUAAAUUUUCAUUAAUGUGAUACUUCAAGUUAAUCAAAAUUAAAGGCUUUAUAAUAGGCUUUUUUAUAUUUUCAUAUUCAGGCUGCAUUUAUUCGUUCAAAAUAGUGUUGUUUAAAUAAAUGCAUAAGUAAGUAAGUGGUGAUGUGUGUGUUUAUGUUCAGAGGGUUGAGUAACAGUAUUCGAUGGUGACUCCUGAGUAGCUCCUCCUCUACAUAAUCCUGCUGCUUGGCAGAUGCUCGUCUCAGAUUUAGACUCGCAUUAAUCCUUGCUUUAAGAGCUCAGAGAUGUUUGUUUGUACGUGUCCCUUGUGUUCCCCCUGUACUCUUGAGUGGAAUGGCCAAAAAGCCGACACGGGGACCACGAACAUUGCCAUCUAUGCCAAGCCAGGACACAGCAGAGGAGAUUCCUGCUCCAAAGAGUAGGAAAAAGAAGGCCAAGAGGGAUGUGGAGAGUAUGGAUGAACAUGAUGAUGGUGGAAUGGAAAUGGGAGGGCUUACCAGUCGCAGACAGUCUGAAUGUCAGGAACCUUUGACCCCAGAACCUGUGGACAAUCCACCACAAAGGAGGAAAAAGAAGAAGAAAGCACAAGCAAUUGAUGUGGAGGGAGAUCAUACAGACCUGGUGUCAAAUGGAGAUAUGGUGGAUCAGAAUGUCGAAGAAGAGGUGAUGCGCAAACCAAAAAAGAGGAAAGUGAAACCUAAAUUCAUAGAAACACAGUCCAACAACGAAUUGGACAUAGAGGAUGACGAUAUCAUCACAGACCCCCAGGUGCCUGUCCCCCAGCAUUCCUUGUUCUCCGCUCCCCAAGGACAGAGCCAGCCUGUGGGGAAGGUGUUUGUGGAGAGGAGCCGUCGUUUUCAAGCAGCUGAGCGAGUGGAUCAGUGGAAGCCCAGUGGGCCGAUGGAGCAGAGCUUUAUGGACAGCCGCUCAGUGUGGACCACUAAAGAUGUCUCCUUGAGACUGCACAGCGGCUUUAGGGUGAUUGGCCUGUUUUCUCAUGGUUUCCUGGCUGGUUAUGCUGUAUGGAAUAUCAUUGUGGUCUAUGUUUUGGCUGGGGAACAGAUGAGCACUCUUUCCAACCUACUCCAGCAGUAUAGUACCCUGGCCUACCCCGCACAGUCCCUGCUCUACCUGCUGCUGGCCCUCAGCACGGUUUCUGCCUUCGACAGGUUGAAUCUUGCCAAAGCUGCUACGGCCAUGAGGAGUUUACUGACCCUCCGACCUGUGGCACUAGCUUCCUUCUUGUACUUUUCUGCACUUGUUUUAUCGUUAAGCCAGCAGAUGACGAGUGAUCGCAUCAAUCUCUAUAAUCAGUACUCCAGCUAUAAUGUGACACUCUGGCAGCCGGGCUCAGAGCGCAGCAUCCUUCACCCCUGGAUCAUAGUAAACCUGGUGGUCACUUUGCUGGUCGGACUGGCCUGGGUUCUGAUGUCAACAAGUCCAGAUAUCGACCACACAGAAGAGUUUUUAAUGUUGAUGGAAAUGGAAUAUCCAAAAGCAGAAGAGAAGGGAAACAUCACUGCAUAAGGCACCUGAAGGCAUUUUUUUCUACUAUAUUUUGUUACGUGGUUGAUUUGUCAUUGAAUAUAUUAGAAAUGUCAAACAUUUGCCUAUUGUAAGGUCUGAGCAAUAUAUUGUUUUUUUUUCAAAUAAACAAUUCUUUGUCUGAUCGAUAUACUA